ACAGGAAAUGAUCUGUAUAACUACGAGGAAAAAUAUCCCGAAGAUGCCACUUAUGAAGAGACAACACCAAAUGCGAGGGUCUGGAAAACGUACGAAGAUGAAAGUAGGAUCCACGACGCCAACAUGGUAGAAGAAUCCCGGGAUAACGUCGACGUAAUGCUUGUUUUUGCGGGUCUUUUCUCGGCGGUCGUGACGACUCUCGUCGUUCAAACGUCGCAGAGUUUGCAGCCGAAUUAUGCUGCCAUGUCGGCAUCUCUGCUCUAUGAAUCAGUCCUUGUUCAACGUGCCAUUGCCAACGGUUCCUCGGUCGACAUCAUUGCUCCAUCCCCUCUUAGCCCUAACAUUGCCUUCGUGCCUGCAACCACAGACGUCUGGGUGAACGGGCUGUGGUUCACGAGUCUGUUCCUCAGCCUUUCGACAGCACUCUUCGCCGUUCUCAUCAAGCAAUGGCUCCGCCACUAUGUCAUUCUCCCAUCCGGAACCCCGCGCGACCGUGCUUUUACUCGUCAGUUCCGAUAUGAUGGGUUGAAAAAGUGGCGUAUUCAGGCACUCAUAGGGUUCCUCCCUCUUCUUAUGCACCUCGCGCUCGCUAUCUUCUUUGCGGGAUUGGUGAUUUUCCUACGUUCACUA